UUGUAUAUCAGGGAUUGAGCUUAGAUUUCUAAAUUCAUUCGUACAUUAAUGUUUUCGUUUACAUGUUAAUAGAUGUAUUUCUGGAUUUAAUUUUUGAUCAACUUGUCAAGCACUACAAAGGUUUUUUUCCUGCUGUAGAAAUGUUUGGCCUUUUGUUCUUCGUACUGAUGGCGCACACCGCUUAUGGAGACGUGAGCUAUUCUUUUCCGGAGGAGAUGAAACGCGGAUCUGUGAUUGGAAAUAUCGCAAAAGAUGUUGGGCUCGAUGUGAACAGACUUUCAUCUGGUAAUGCGCGCAUUGAUACGGAAGGAAACAGAAAACGAUACUGUGACAUUAAUUUGAAUACUGGAGAACUGAUCGUAGCGGAGAGAAUCGACAGAGAGGGGCUUUGUGGAAAGAAAGCUUCAUGUGUUAUAAAACAGGAGCUCGUUCUGGAAAAUCCUUUAGAGCUGCAUCGCUUUAUUCUCAAUAUUGAGGACAUAAAUGAUAAUUCACCUUCAUUCAAACAAACUUUAAUACAUUUCGAAAUAAGGGAAUCAACAGACAAAGGUUCUCGUUAUUUAUUAGAUGAGGCCCAUGAAGCGGAUAUUGGUAUGAAUUCAGUGCAGUCAUAUAAACUUGACAGCAAUGCACAUUUCCUUUUAAACGUAGUUACUCGGGAAAAUGGAAGGAAAUAUGGAGAGCUUGUAUUGGAUAAAGAGUUGGAUCGUGAGAAGCAGAAAGAGGUGACAUUAAUUCUCACUGCGGUAGACGGCGGGACUCCACCGAGAUCAGGUACUGUAGCCAUAUACAUCACUGUGCUGGAUGCUAAUGAUAAUGCUCCAGUCUUUAGUCAGGCCGUUUAUAAAGUCAGUCUGCCUGAAAAUUCUCCUGUAGAUACUUUAGUGGUGACAGUAAGUGCAUCAGAUAUUGACGAAGGACAUAAUGGAGAGGUGACGUAUGAAUUUGGACAUUUAUCUGAAACCCACCAGAAAACAUUUUCGCUGGAUGCAUUGUCUGGUGAGAUUAAACUAACGGGGCUUCUUGAUUAUGAAGAAGAAAGCUCAGUUGAAUUGCCAGUUCAAGCUAAAGAUGGACAAGGGUUAGCCCGUUAUUCUACUGUGGUAAUUGAAGUUGUUGAUCUCAACGAUAAUGCCCCUAUAAUUAUGGUUAAAUCUCUUAAAAUCCCGAUUCCCGAGAAUGCGUUACCCGGUACAGAGGUUGGCAUCAUUAAUGUGCAGGACAGAGACUCUGAGAAUAACGGACAGGUGCGCUGCUCCAUUCAGCAAAACGUCCCAUUUAAACUCGUACCUUCAAUCAAAAAUUACUAUUCUCUGGUGACCACAGGUGAAUUAGACCGCGAGCUGCUCUCUGAUUAUAAUAUUACAAUUACUGCUACUGAUGAGGGCUCUCCGCCUUUAUCUUCCACUAAGAACAUUCACUUGACUGUAGCUGACGUGAAUGAUAAUCCACCUGUAUUUCAGGAGCAGAAUUACAGAGCUCAUGUGCAAGAAAAUAACAAACCGGGCUCCUCUAUUUGUUCAGUAUCAGCUACAGACCCGGACUGGAGACAGAAUGGCACUGUAGUUUAUUCUCUGUUGUCCUCUGAUGUCAAUGGCGCACCGAUGUCCUCUUUUCUAUCCGUUAACGGAGACACCGGGGUCAUUCAUGCAAAUCAGUCAUCAGUAUUUGUGUCCUUAUAG